GCCUCCAGCCAGUGCCGUACAGUGUUUAGUCUAGCAUGAGACAGUCAAGGGUGAGCACCCAAGUUUUCACACAAUAAAGGUGCUGAAGGGGACGGAGCACUCCAGGGAUACCACCUACCCAGAGGAGAGAAGCUUGCCACCAUGUUCAAGACCAGCUACACGCGCGAGGUGCGCAAGGAAAAGUACGAGCGCUCAGACGUCUUCGACGAAGAUGCCGAGGACUCUGAAAGCUCUGCAGGCAUCUCAGCCAUCCAGGGCUGGGAAAGCCUUCAGGAGCUCAACAGCCGCUUUGCCCGGUACAUCAACAGGGCACGUGUUCUGGAGCAGCGCAACGCCGUGUUCCGCAAGCAGCUGGAGACACUGCAGCGGAUGGAGGAGGCCACUGGCCUGGAGGAGGCCUUCACAGAGCAGAUUGGUGUCAACAGGCAACGCAUUCGGGAGCUAUUUUUAGACCGAUCCAAGCUGGAGCGAGAGCUGAAGGAGGCAUGUCGAAUGCUGGACGAAUUUACCAGCAAAUACAAAAAUGAAUGUGAUUACCAAGAACAGCUACGAGGCACACUGGAACAUCUAAACAAGGAGGCUGACAGUGCCCUGCUGAAAAACCUGGAGUAUCAGAUCCAGUCUCAGUUCCUCCAGGACGACAUUAAUUCCACCAGAGACAGACACAAGAAGGACCUUGCAGAGAUCCAAACCUAUGUAAACAUUUUGCAGCAAAUAAACCAGACACUUCCUCUUGCUCCCAAUGUGUCAUUUGGCAUCUCCGAGGAGCAGGAGAAGCUGCUGGCCCAGAGGAAAGUGCCAGGGCUGCAGAGUCAGCUGGAGGAAUAUAAGAGCGCCCUCUGUCAGCUGCAGGCCCAGAAACAACGCCUACAGAGUGAGACUGCAGUGUUGGAGCAAUCGAUCAAAAACACACAGGAAAGUUAUGACGAUGAGAUCCACAUGUACAACGAGAAAAUCGAAUCUCUGCGGAAGGAGAUCGAGGAAGCAGAGAGGUCCCUGGAGAAGGUCACUAGUGAAUGUCGUCACCUGGCCAUGUACCAGAUGUCUCUUGAGAACGAGCUGGAGAGAUACAAGAGGAUUAUUGAGAACGAAGAUACCAGGUUGAAUUCAGCAAUAAUUGGCUCUCCUAUUACCCUGUUUACAACUAAUUACCGCUACACUCACACACCUUCUGCAUCAAGCAGGGGGAGAGAUAUCACCCAGGCCAUCCAGGAUAUCACCAGUAUCAAACCCCGGCAGAAGAUACUGGCCAAGAAGGUCCUGAAAAAGAAGGACCUGACCCCAAAAGAUGUGAUGGACAGCAGACAAGAGGAGAGAAAUGAUGGAGCUAGUGGAGAAGCUCCAGAUGAGAAAACAAAGAUGUUCCCAUCUGAGCAAGUGCUGGAAGAGAACGUGGAGAAAAAAGAGCAGAGUCCUAAUUUCACUCGAGUGUCUCCACAGGAUGUACCAGAUGGAGCUCAGAUUAGCAAAGCCUUUGACACUCUUUGUAACAUUGUCAGAGACAGAAUGAGGAAGUACAAGAGGCCUGAACCAAUCGCUGAUUUCUACACCAAGGGCCGUUAUGUCCUUGUCACUGGUGACGGCAGCUACCUGGAUCCCUGCUUCUACACCUCCACACCAUCUGCUGGCCACAUCUACGUCACUAUCAGAGAUGGGAUGAUGUCUCCUUAUGAGCCUUUUGGACGUAGCACACCCUCUCCUCCACCUCCUCAGCCCAUGCCAGACCCUAGGCCCCUCGGCCCCACCCCGCCCUCUACUGGGGGAGGAGGAAAGGAGGAUAAUAAGGGUGGAAGAGCUAAGGAUAAUGGAGGUAAAGGAAAACAAAAUAAUGGAGAGCCUCAGCCUCAUGCUAAGGACCCAAGCCCAGUCCCUCCACCCUUUGGUCCAAACUCUGGCCACAAAGAUCCCAACCCAGCUGGCAAUCACUCCAAGAAAACCAGGGGUGACAACGGCCCAAGUGGGCCCAUCCCAAAACCUGCUACUCGUGGUGACAGCACCAGCUCUAGUUCCAGCACUAGCACUGGCACCAGCACCAGCACUAGUUCAAGCAGCUACACACCAGACACCAUGAGCUAUGAGAAAGUGGAGGUGAUGGAGUCUGUGGAGAAGUUCUCCAAUGACCGCAAAGUUAAAGGUUAUGAGGAGACUUCCAUGGUUGUAGAGACCAUGAUUGAGAAGUCCAGUAAGAAGAAACACUGAAACCACGCCGCCUGAUUAAGACUUGACUCCACCAAGGUCCUACAUGGUCCAGGUUCCCUACUGAGAAGAGGAUACGAAUGUCGGGAUCAGACUACAUAAGAAACUUCCUCAAACUACUUUAUUAACACUAAUAUUUCCCUUAGGGAGACCAACCAUGCAUAAAGACCAAUCACACAUUCCUGCUCUGAUAAACAAUGCUCCUUCAUUUGCUUGCAGUCUCUCUGGUCUUGUGUCCAGAAUACGUUUUGCUGGUUCCAUGAGUACUGCUGUUGUUGUUCGACUCGCACCCAUACUCUGAGCUAUGAGCUAUGAGUCCUUUACUGUCUGAAAACUUGGGACAAUGAAUACCAAAACUCUAUGCCACCAAUAAAAAAAAAAGAAAAAAAGAAAGAAAAAUCUGAGAAGUUGUGCCGCCCUUUUGAACUCUGACUUAGAACUCCAACUUUCCCCUUUGAACUCAUUUGUUUAAUUGGAUGCCACCGCCUGCCCUCAGCACAAUUUUGCUGUGUAUUAAUUUGCUUUGAUAUAUUGAAUAAUAAAAAAGAGAUACAAACAUCAA